AUGUCUGGACGCGGUAAAGGUGGCAAGGUUAAGGGAAAGGCAAAGUCCCGUUCUAACCGUGCCGGACUUCAGUUCCCCGUCGGUCGUAUCCACAGGCUUCUACGCAAGGGCAACUACGCCGAGCGCGUCGGUGCCGGUGCCCCGGUGUACCUAGCCGCCGUCAUGGAGUACCUGGCCGCUGAGGUUCUCGAGUUGGCAGGCAACGCCGCUCGCGACAACAAGAAGACCAGGAUCAUCCCUAGGCAUCUCCAGCUGGCGAUCCGCAACGACGAGGAGUUGAACAAGCUCCUCUCCGGUGUGACCAUCGCCCAGGGUGGUGUGCUGCCUAACAUUCAGGCCGUGCUCCUGCCCAAGAAGACCGAGAAGAAGGCUUAA